AUGUUGACAGUCAGGUUUAGAAAUGCAUUUGCUACACAUGUUUACCUUUACAUAUAUCUUCAAACACGAAAUUUCCUCUCUUUCAUUGAUAAUUGUUCACUUUCUCAGGGCGACCUUAUAAUUAUGAAACGGAUACAACCGCGAUUUGACCAGAUUGUUAUGAUGCCUAUUCAAGGAGCAUCGCAAGCAGAUGCGGCUAUCUUAGUCGUUAAUUCAACUCGUGGAGAGUUCGAAACAGGAUUCGAGAAUGGUGGCCAAACAAGAGAACACGCGAUGCUAUUGCGAUCGCUUGGAGUUGGUCAACUUGUUGUGGCUGUGAAUAAGCUGGACACCGUGGACUGGUCUCAUGAACGGUUUCUCGAAAUUCAGGCUGUGAUGAAGACUUUUCUGAGCAAACAGGCAGGAUUCAGCAAAAUUCGUUUUGUGCCUGUUUCUGGUUUGAGCGGCGAAAAUUUAUCUGAGCGUUGGUAUUCGGGUGAAUGCUUAAUGGAACUCAUAGAUACUUUUUCUGCACCUAAACGAGCAGAUGAAGGACCUUUGCGGAUAGUAAUCAAUGAUGUUUUCAAGGCUACCAGUAAUCAAUUGAGUUUGAGUGGGAGAAUUGAAUCAGGAGAAGUGGAUUCAGGUGAUAAGGUUUACAUAAUGCCAAAUGCAGACGCUGCUGUAAUAAAAGCAUGUUCGAACGAUGAUGGCGGAUCAGUAGAUUGUUGUGUAGCGGGUGAUCAAGCAAUUCUGACCUUGACUGGUGCCUUCGAACCGGACACUAUUCACGCGGGACAUGUGAUCGUACGUGGUGGACAGGAUGCACUGCUGCCAUGCAACCGCUUCGUGGCACGUAUCGUUGUCUUCGAUAUAAUCGUGCCAAUCAUGAAAGGAACGAAGGCGGAACUGUACUGUCAUUCGCUAUGUGAACCAUGUACAGUAGUCAAACUGAUCUCCUCCAUCAAUAAGACAAACGGCGAAAUAAUCAAGGAACGACCAAGAUGCUUAGCAAAGCAAAUGAGUGGAUUGGUCGAGAUCGAAACAGAACGUGAAGUGGCUAUAGAUACCUACACAAAUUGCAAGGCACUUGGUCGUAUCACAAUUCGUGCAGGUGGUCAAACUAUUGCGGCCGGAAUUGUUGAAAAGAAGUUGAGCUGA